AUGCCCAGAUCUAAGCGUUCGAAGCUCGUGACGUUGGCUCAGACCGACAAAAAAGGGAGAGAAAAUAAAGUCCGUAUUUUCGACGAGGUCCGUGAGGCCCUUGACCUGUUCAAAUACGUUUGGGUCUUGAAGUUGGAUGACGUUAGAACCCCAGUCUUGCAAGACAUCCGUCAAGACUGGACUGGCUCUAAGUUGUUGCUUGGUAAGAGAAGAGUCUUGGAGAAGGCUUUGGGUGAUACCCCAGCUGAAGAGUACAAGGAGAACUCCCACAAGCUUGCUAAGCUCUGUACUGGUGUCUCUGGUCUAUUGUUCACCAACGAGACCCCUGAGACUGUUUCCGCCUACUUCAAUGCUUACACAAAGGCAGACUACUGUAGAGCCAAGACCAAGGCUCCUCUUGAUUUCACCAUCCCUGAGGGAAUUGUCUACUCAAGAGGUGGCCAAAUCCCUACUGAGGACGAUGUUCCUAUGUCUCACUCUAUGGAAGAGACCUUGAGAAACAAGUUCAAGAUCCCCACUAAGAUUAAGGCUGGUAAGAUUUUCCUUAAUGAGCCAUUUGUCGUCUGCGCUAAGGGCGACACUUUGGAUGUCACCCAGGCAUUAAUUUUGAAGCUGUUCGGUGUUGCCGCCGCAGAGUUCAAGGUUGGCAUGAUUGCAUGCUACGAUGUGGAGUCUGGUGAGAUCAACAGCCUUUAG